UUCAUUCAAAAACAAACUCAAAGUUUUGCUCGAUUUUCUUCACUUUAUUUAUUUCUAAAUGCUUUAUUAAUAUGUUUUACUGACUGAACUAGGUAUUUCCAAAUAAACCACCCACAUAGAGGUAUUCCCUAAAUUAUAUAAUCAUGAACGUGGCUUGCAAGUACCGUGUUCCCAGUAAUAUUCAACGCAGGAUUGUUCAUAGUUCCGCAAGAAAAGUGUUCAAAGAUGAUUUACGUGCCGCAGCUUAUAAACCUGAAUUAGUUGAAAAAAAUAGUUACGAUAAAUGGUGUAAAGAAGAGCGUUUCAAUGCCGCAAUUAACAACGAAAAGCCUGUGUUCAGUAUGGUACUUCCCCCGCCGAACAUUACCGGAAAACUUCACUUGGGUCAUGCACUAGCUUGUACGAUUCAGGAUGUUAUAGUAAGAAGUAAGAGGUCUAUGGGACAAAAUGUUAUGUGGUUGCCUGGCACAGACCAUGCUGGCAUUGCUACUCAGGGAGUUGUUGAAAAAUAUUUGCAAUCAAAACAGAAUUUGACAAGACAAGAUCUAGGAAGAGAAAAAUUCGUACAGGAAGUGUGGAAAUGGAAGGAUCUACAUGGUGACGCCAUUUGCAAACAACUCAGAACCCUUGGGUGCAGCUUAGACUGGUCCCGACAAAUGUUCACGAUGGACCCACGUCACACAAAUGCUGUCAACCAUGCAUUUAUUGAACUUUUCAAAAAAGGACUGAUCUAUAGAAAGAAAUCUCUAAUAAACUGGUGCAACAAAUUGCAAUCCACAGUAUCAGAUAUUGAAGUUGAUAAAGUGGAGUUGGAAGGACCAACAGAAAUAACAGUGUCUGGGUACGAGAAGCCAGUGAAAUUCGGAUUGAUCUACAAUUUUGCGUACAAAGUAACGGGUUCCGAUGAAGAGCUAGUUGUGGCCACCACCAUGCCAGAGACGAUGCUCGGAGACACUGCAGUCGCUGUGCAUCCUGAUGACCAGAGAUAUCACCAUUUGCGAGGAAAAACUGUGACUCAUCCUUUCUCAAACAAAAAUAUUCCUAUCAUAUUUGAUAAAUUUGUUGAUAUGGAAUUUGGUACGGGCGCAGUUAAAAUAACCCCAGCGCACAGUAAAAUAGACUAUGACGUUGGUAAACACCACAAUCUACCACUGCAUCAAGUCAUUAAUGAGCAUGGCCAAAUGAUAAACUCUGGAAUCUUCGACAAUAUGAAAAGGUAUGAUUGCCGCGAAACAUUAUUGCAGAAACUUGGGGAACUUGGAUUAUUAAGAAAUGUGACUUCACAUAAAAUGAGCUUGCCAGUUUGCAGUAGAAGUGGUGAUGUCAUAUAUAAUCUACCCAAAGAACAGUGGUUUCUUUCAUGUAAAAAAAUAAACAAGAAAGCAGAAGAACUAGUUAAAAGUGGUAAACUAAAAAUAAAGCCAGAGAAGUUCACAAAGAAUUGGCUCGACUGGACUGGGGAUGGAAGGGAUUGGUGCAUAUCGAGGCAGCUGUGGUGGGGGCACCAAAUACCAGCAUACAGAUGCAAAGCCGAUAAGGAUGUAGUUUGGAUUGCCGACAUUGAUGAAAACGAAGCCAAAGAUAAAGCGGCAGUUAUCCUGAGGACAUUGCCUGAAAAUAUUCAAGCUGAAAGAGAUAGUGAUGUACUCGAUACAUGGUUUUCAUCAGGAAUCUAUCCAUUUGCGUCUUUAGGUUGGCCUGAUCUUCACAGUAAAGAUUAUCAGAAAUUUUAUCCUUUGAGUUUAAUGGCCACUGGGCAUGAUAUCUUGGGAUUUUGGGUGCACAGAAUGGUUAUACUUGGACUGGAAUUAACAGAGAAAUUACCGUUUGAAAAUAUUUUACUCCAUGGAAUUGUAUGCGACAGCAAGGGGGCGAAAAUGUCUAAAAGCAAAGGAAAUGUUAUUGAUCCUCUGGAUGUGAUAAAUGGUAUUUCAUUAGAUGGUCUAAGAAAGAAAACUGAAGAAAUGUGUGAGAAAGGGAUUCUUACCAAGGAUGAGAUGGGAAAAGCAAAGGCUUACCAUAAAUCUAACUUUUCAAACAGCAAUGGUAUUCCAGAAUGUGGAGUAGAUGCUCUACGGUUCAGUAUUGUGUCUCAUGAUAUCAAAUCUCAUUUUGUCCAUUUCGAUGUGGAUUUGUGUCAUACUAACAAAUUAUUCGGCAACAAAAUUUGGCAAAGUGUGAAGUAUACACAGUUGUCUUUUGAUAAACUAAAACCGAUUGAAGACGAAAUAAAGUCCAAUGAUUUGACCUACUUUGAUAGAUGGAUCUUGAGUCGCCAAGCGAAAAUGGUGGAUGAAGUGAAUUCAUCAAUGGAUGAUUACGAUUUUCACAUUGCUACGAAAUCAUUGAAAACAUUGAUCUACAAUGAAUUUUGCGAUGUUUAUUUAGAAGCAACUAAACCUGGAAUUGAUAACCCUAACCCGAAAAUAGGAUACGCUCAUGCACAUACCCUAUCUGCUGUAUUAAAUACAUCAUUACGGUGCUUGGCGCCAUUUAUGAUUUAUUUAACUGAAGAACUUAUACCGAGAAUUCCUGCUUUCGAACAUAAUAUCGUGCAUAAUUUUAAGGAUGGCGGCACGGGACUAUUUUCUUUUCCACAAUACGAAGAUUUUAAACUGUGGCGAAAUGCAGAAUUGGAAGACCAGGUUCAUAAAUUGCUGGACACAAUAUUCCUUGUGCGACAACUUAAAGGUUUUUAUGGCAUUUCAAACAAAGUUCGUCCAACUGUACAUUUAAAAUCAACCGAUAAUACACUGUUAACAGAUAUUGUUCAUAAUGGCACAGUUUUCUUGAAUCUUACAAGGUGUGGAAAAAUUCAGAGUGGUGAUAAUCAUGGUCAUAAAAACUUCGUAAGUGCUGUUUUAAACAAGGAUACUACAGUGAGUGUAGAAUUGGUUGCUGAUGAUGUUGAUAGUGUUAUAAAAUCAGCAAGAACUAGAUUAGAAAAGAAAGUUGCCAAAGCUGAAGAGGCUGUGCUAAAGUAUGAGUCAAAAUUCGCCAGCGACAAAUACCGCAACUCAGUGUCAGAAAUAACUCAACAUUUGGACAAAGAAAAGUAUUUAGAUAAAAAAUCAGAACUAGAACAAUUAAAAAAGCUUAUCCAGGCCUGAGUAGAGCGCGAGUAUCCUCAGAUAGUAAUUAAGUAUAUUAACCAUGCAAUGCUCCAAUGUAACGUAUCGUCGUGGUUGUACCUGAAAUGUAUGUUGAUGAUAUUAUUAUGAUGUAAGUGUACAUAAAUAAUCUAGUCUUUA